AUGUCGGGCGCAUCAAGUUGGUUGCAGAAAAUGCGAAAAGCAGAGCUGUUAGAGCUUUGCGACUCAGUCAACUUUACAGAGUAUGAUGGACUGAAGAAAACGGAAAUAGAGGUUGCUCUUGACGAUUACCUCACUGAAAACGCGGCGCAAUUUUCUGGAGAAUCGCGACUUGAACCAUUCUAUAGAACGCGAGGGCGCGGCAACCACUCGCCAAUAAAGAGAGAAGCUCCUUCUAUCGUAUCAGAGAUUACCGAGAAGGCAAAGGUGGUAAAGCGCAGAGUUACAAAAGCUGCAGAGGAAUUACUCGCGACUGAUGAAUCCGAAAUCGAACAAGCAACCACACGCGCGCGUUCCGCUCUAGUCAGAACUCCAGCUCGCUCUACUGCGCUUUCAAAUUUGAGUUUCGCGUCGAGUCUUCCCCUCCCACCUUCUCCAGCUGUUGUUGCCGACGUGAUUGACCGCCGAACCUCGCUUUUGCGCUCGAAAGUCUCACAAGCCUACGAAGAUUCGGGUAUCACUGAGCAAGCAGAAGCUGCUCGCGAGACCCUAUCUUCACUUGUUGCGAUACAUUUCGUCAUCAACGCAUUUGAGUUAUAUAGAUUACGAGCGGAGGUUCUCCCAAGCCGAUACGCGUUCACGAUUCCCGAAUUACCAAUUAUUCACACCAGCGAAUACCCCGUCUCAAUCCCAGAUCUAUUUCUGCUAUUGACGAGUUCAUUCUGGGGUCCAACAAUUCUUUGGGCGUUUACCAGCAUCUUUAUCCCAUUAGGAUCGGCCUAUUUCUUCAACCUCACCAGCAAACCUCGCGCGCGUUCCCACAACCAACAUUUCAACUACACGUUCGAUCCCUUGACCUUUAACAUCGUCAAGGCACUCUUGACAUUCGUCAUUUACGGACAAGACGUGACGUUCGGUGGUCUCGUCGAUCUCGAAUACGUCGCGCGCAUCAACUCUGCGCUGUACGGCGGUUGGAUUGGACCAAUCGUCGGUUCGGGUAUUGGCGCCCUGGUCACCGUCUACGAAGCCAUCAUCAAGAAAUAA